GUGGGCCGUUUCGGGAUGCAUUCAUAUGAACGUGAUUUUGCAGAGCAAAAGCUUCAGUUUUUCCGUUUGUUGUGGGAGUGAUUCUGAGCUCUUGGGAGAAAAUUGAGCUUCAGACUAGUCAUUAUUGCUAAAUAUUUUAUGCUUCUUGGACAUAAAGUUCUAUGGUGGCUUUGCUCUCUCCGGCGAGGGCUCCACUUUAGAGAGAGAGAAAAUAAACGCAUAUAUAGAGAGAGAAAGAACAAAGACACAUGUAAGGAGAAAGGAGCGCAGAGAUAUUUGGCAACUACAUUUGAUCUAUCUUUCUUUGCUUUUCUUAGAUUAGGAAGAAAAACCCAAACCCAUCUCUCCAACUUUCUCGCUCCUCUUCCGCCUAACUUUUCUGUAAAAACCAAAACCAAAAAUAUACACAUAUUUACACACACACACACAUAUAUAUAUAUUCUGUUCUGGUUUUUUUUUUUUUUUUUUCCCGGAAGUUCUGUUCUGGUUCAUUACACGUUUUAUCAAAAGUUCUGAUUUCUCUGUUCUGUCAUUGUACGAACUCUGUAGAGAGAGAAUGAAGAUCUGAAGAUCAGUUUUCGACGAUUUUCUGUUGUGGGUUCGAUCGAUUGUGGGCCAUCGAAGCUGUGUGCUUCUUCAAUUCGAUGUUAGUAUUGUUAUCAUCGUCUUCCAGAAAUGGACAAGACUCGUCGUGAAGGAGCGAGUCGGUUCUCGCGACAGACUAGUUUGGAUGGUGGUGGUGGGAAGGUCAUAUUUUCGGAGAAAUCCAAGAAAGAAAGAGUGAGAAAAUUGAGUGUUGUUGGGAAAGUGAGCUCAAGCAAUCGAGACAGAGAAAUGGGUUGUGUUGGGUUUGAUGUUGAAGACGAUCUUCUUCGUUCUACUACUAGUAUUAUCAAGAGAUCUAAGCUUCCCAAAAAGUUCUUUGAUGAAUGCAAUAGAGUUGAUCAUGCCUCUGUUCCUCGCAAGCUACGGUCAGCCAUGAAGAAGCGCAACCAGGAUUCCAUCUCUCCGCCUUUUCCAGAUUCAAAAAAGCCAAACUGUGCAAUAAAUGGAACUGAAUUACCCAAGAAAAAUGGUCAACAAGGAGACUCGGAGGGGCAUUGGAGACAGGUCAUUGUGGGGUCAAUUACCAAAGAUGAGGAAGAAGUGGUAGAGACCUUGUCUGCUUUGGCGGUGUUGUUCCCAAGCAAUGACAAAACAAACAAGGCUACUGUAAAUGGUGAAAUUUCAAAAGGAAAAUCUUCAACUUCGCCAGAGGGAGAUGAUUCUAUGCUAGUAUUUGAAGUUCACGAAAAGGAAGAGAGAACAAUUUGCCCAUCAACCACAAUUGAGGCUGCCAAUCCUUCAUCUGAUUUAGAAGGAUCAGUUCGUGUGACUGAAGAAGUCAAAUCUCUGAAUAAGCCAUCACAGGGCAAACAAUUGUAUAUUGAAUUGGAUGAUUCUGUUCGUCAAGUGAAUAUCCAAACAGUGUCUCUCUCAUCUGAAAGUGAACUUACCUAUAAAAAGCCAUCAUGCAGUUCUACUGGUUUCAAUGUGCCAUCUGAACUAAGUCCAGGGACAGGAUCAAAGCAGCCCAAAUGUGAGGAAACCUCAGCUUGUGUGAUAAAAGCAGAGAUUGCACUGGAAGCAGCUGGAGCUGUCACAAGUCAACAUGGAUUAGGACAUACCAUCAAGGAGAGCAAACAUAAUGGUUCAACAUUAUGGCCUGGCUUGUCUUCAACAGGGGUACAUGGCUCUGAGACUCAGGGAUCUUCACUGCAUUUGUCUGCUGGUAAAUUUCCUGCUUGGUUGGGUAAUGCUGCUUAUGCCACCCAACCUGGUUUAGUAAAUAACAGUGCUUUAACUGAAAAGAAUUCUGCAGUUCUGGCCGAUCGAAAGAAGUCAUGGAAGAGAUGUUCAGCUCAUGUUUCCAUAAGUUAUCUCACGAAGGUCUUACAAAAUGCAGAGAGAAAAGAGAGAAGUCCUAUGCAGGCUACUCAUUUGAUGGCCAAUGAAGGGUCAAAUCAAGUAGUUCAUACAGCAGUCAAGAACCUAAAUGGGGUUAGAAAAGGUUUGAGUGGAAUUGUCUCUGCUGAUGGCAUAGUUGAUUCUGCCACACAGAAGAACCCAGACGAAGUUACAAAUGCUGUUCUUUUGCACAAGAGGCUCCUUCAAGAUCAGCAACAGACUUCCACGACAUCUGGGCUCUAUACUCUACAGAAGCAGAGUAUUGAUUUCUUAUCUUUGUCGGCUGGAGGUGGUGGGGUGGAAGCUAACUACAGUAGUAAUAAAAUGGGAUAUGGGUUGAAGCCAUCAACACAAUCUCGUGGUCCUUACCUUCAAUCGUUUGCACAGAAUCAAACAGCAGCUAUGCCUCUCUCCCCGCAAAAUCAUUAUUCCUCUACUCCUUUCCCUGACCAUCUUUCUGCAGCUGCAGCACUGCAGGCUCAGGUACAGGUGCCUCCAUAUCUUGGCAGCCCAUUUUGGGGCUCUCUUCAACCAUUAACGACAACCUCUCCAAAACAGCAACAGCAACAACUACAACAAUGUAUUUGGGCAGCUGAGCUGGCCACACAAUACAAGCCUGGGGGAGUUGCUGCACCUCAUAUUCCUAACUGGCAAAAUGGAAGACAAGACCCUUCUUCCAUGAUACAGUAUGCUCAAGCCAUCCUCCCACCACCUUGUUCUUCACUAGAAGUACUUGGCCCCAAGUAUGGUCCAAUCUUGCAACAACAGCAGCAGCAGCAGCAGCAGCUUAUUGCCAUUACUUCAUCAUUGCCCUCUGCCAAAAUGAAAAGGCAACAUCAUAUUCUCCCUGCAGGCUAUGGAGGGAAUGGAGGUGGGUUCCAGCCUGAUGGUGCACCGUCAUUGCAACUACUCUGCAAUGAGCAACUUUAAACUGGGACGGGGCUACACUGUUGAUUGGGCCAAGGAUGGGUCGUCGUUGGUCUAUUCUUUUCUUAUGUGCAUAGUCGAGACUGAAUUCCUGAGUUUCAGGAGAUGGCGGUAAUACAUUUGUCAGAAUUUUCUCCAACCCGGGGUAUCUUGACCACUGAAGGAUGGAGAGAAGAUCAUGAAAAGGGAAGUAGCCAAAGAUUAUUUAGGUAUUAGGUAUAUAUAGGAAUCCACUUUUCAUGAGAAUAUAUUUAGAGCGCAUUCUUGACUAUACAAAGAAGCACAAAGAAUAGAACCGUAUGUUAAUAUCUUGUUAGUAUCCCCAAAGUAGUCUCUUGGAAUCUGUGUGGUUGGAUCAGGUUCUUCCUUGCGUCGUGUAGCUACUUCACAAUCAAUGUAGAAUUAAAGCAAGUAUAGAAUGUAUUAAAUUUGCAUCCACCACUCAAAUGAAAAAGAACUGUUCCUCGAGCA